UGUAGCUGUAGCUGUGACGCCGUUUUUGGUUGAGGUUGAAUAGAUGUGUUCAAAAAUUCACUUUAAUGUAGUUACUUUGUCAGGCUAUUUCGCUAUUUAUUCAAAGUGUUAAAACGUGGUUAAGCAAUCGAAAUAUAAUUACAGAGCGGUGGCUGGAAUAACCUAGUUUUUCUUAAAACUGAUAGGCUAAGAAGCUUGAAUAGGCCUAAACUUAAGCCUAGACCAAGUUGAUUUUUAAAAUGGAAGAGCUAGAGGGUAUGGAAAGGGUCUAUCUCCCAAAUUCGGGGGGCUUUGCUAAAAAAGUUUCAUGGUGCACUGGAAAGGUGACAUUCAAAGAAUACUUUCACAAGUAUGCUGAAAAGCUGUAUGAAAUUAAACCCAACAGCAAGACUACAACCAGAGAAAUAUACAAUAACCUUUUAGGCAUACAAGGAGAGGAAAUUUCAGCUUGGAAGCAGAGAGUUCUCCUGCAAACUAUGAAUCCAAGACAAUUUUAUACUAUGCCUAUUGAUGUUUCAACAAAUGAACUCAUUGGUAAUGAAAGUAAGCCGUCAACUUCAACAGAAAAAAGUAAGCCUUCCACUUCAACAGGAAAAAGUAAGCCUUCCACUUCAACAGGAAAAAGUAAGCCUCCCACUUCAACAGGAAAAAGUAAGCCUUCCACUUUAUUAGAAAAAAGUAAGCCCUCUACUUCAACAGAAGCUGGAAAGUCAGGGCCAACAAAUGAUUGCAAAACAUCACAAAAACAAAAACGCCCUACAAAAAAAGUAUCAAAGAAAUUCUCCCAUAGCACUUCUAGAAAAAAAAUUGGCAACUUGUCAAACAAAAAGGGUAGGCCUAAAGGCUCCACAUCAAAAUCAAAUGUGGCAAAAGAAAAUGAAAAUGUUGUUCGUAAAGAAAUUAGCGACCACAAGAAAGACAAUGAACCAUCAUCUGAAUUAGGACUAGUUGAUGUUAUGUUGAGUUUGCCCUCUACUUCAAAAGGUGGCCUGCUUAAAAAAACACAGGAAAAUUCAAACAAUCAAGAUACAGCUUCAAUAUCAUCUUCUGUCAUAAGUGAUGAGAUUGAUAAAAACGUCAGUGUUUUCGUUGACUCUAACCGUAGUGUAGCGACUGCUAUAUUUCUAACACCCUCGGAUACAUCUGAAAACCAAUCGCAAGAAACAAUUGUAUCCACAAAUAGCUAUGAUUCUUUCAUGGCACCCUUACCUGAUGCUCCAAGAAAUGUGAAUAAUGACGAUCAAAUUCCAACAAGUUCAAGUUUUCCUGGUCAAGAAAACCUACCACAAGAAACAAUCACUUCAAUAAAAAGUUGUGAUUCUGUAGCAUCCGAAUCUGCUGCACCAACAAAUGCUGAUAGUGAUUAUGAAAUUCCAACCUGUUCAAGUUUUCUUGGCCAAAGAACCAUAUCACAAGAAACAAUCCCAUCCAUAAAAAGUUGUGAUUCUGUAGUAUCCGAACCUGCUGCACUAACAAAUGCUAAUAAUGAUUAUGAAAUUCCAACAUGUCCAAGUAUUCCUGGUCAAGAAGAUGAUGAAAAUAUUUCUUCAAAAAACAAAGGGCUUCGGCGAAGUGCACGCAUUAGGGUAAAAACUGAACAGAUUGAUUAUAAUGAGCAGGAGGAGGAUAAUGAUAAAUCUGACAUGAAGCAAUCCAACACGGAAAAUAAGAAAUCCAACACGGAAAAUAAGAAAUCCAACACGGAAAAUAAGAAAUCCAAGACACAAAAUAAGAAAUCCAACACGCAAAAUAAGCAAUCUAACACGCAAAAUGAAAGUGAUUCUAACAUGGAUGAACAAUCCUCCUCAGACGAAAGUGAGGUUGAUAUGCAAUAUAAACAACGUACUACUGCUGAGAUCAUUCAUGAAAUCAAUCAAAGAGCUCCCAGCCAAAACAGAAAGAAUUGCUCUAUUAGAGGGAUGACGAUGGUCGACACAACUCAGAGGUAUGGAAAAAGAAAUUUGUUACCAAGAGAACAUUUUCUUGUCAGUUUUCGAGUUCAUAAGCCCUUUAAACAUGCUCCAGGAUUAAAAAAUUUUCGUAUUGGAAAGUGCUUGCAAGAAAUUGACGUGCUUAACUUCCAAACUCUUUUUAACUUGCGGCAAAAAAUUAUGUGUGAAUUAGACUACCAAACAACAGAUGGUGAAAUCAGCGAAUGGCCUUUUGAUAAGAAACAAAAUUUGGCAAAGGAUACGUACAAGUCGGGCAUGUUUUACAUCGACAAUACCUUCUACAUUGACACCGUAGAGGGCACUGAAGAUUACUCUGAACCCAUCAAAAAGUGGGCUCAAGAAAAUCAUAUUGAUGUUGGUAAAACAAUGGCAAUGCAUGAUAGAAAAGUGGAGGACCUCAGGGUUAGGUUUGGCUACCCUUACGUCUACAUACAUCAGGGCAGCUGUGAACACAUCAUCAUGAUAAGCCAAGCAAGAUUUCUUACUGAGAAACACUCUCUGCACUCUUCUGACUAUCCGAAUAUCACUAAAACGAGUCGUUCUUCAAUAAGCUACUGUUUAAUAUGCACCAAGAAACCAGCCGAUCGAAUUGUUAUGGGCAGUGAUCGUAUGCCGCACGACGUGAACCUUAUGUGCCAAGAUUGUUUUAUAUCUUACCAUUACGUCGGAACACAGAAAAUUGGUAGAUUCAAGGCCUACAAAUGGAAUCAGAGAGCACUCCUAUUUAAUUAAGUUUGUUGAACACUAUAGAUUAAGUUAUGCCUUCUAGCUAUCUGAGGCCUAAAUGCCUCCAUGUGUGAUAUAAAUUAAUUAUUUAGUGUUUUGUUACUACAGAGGUAAGGAUUUGCUGUGAUGGAAAUAGCCUUUUUGUAAGGAAUUUAGUGUUUUUAAACAAGGCUCGUAGUUUUCAUUUUAAACAAAAGUGGUAGGUACUUCUGGUACCUAUAUUGAUUACAAUGAUUGAUGUUUAAUGUAUUGUUUUAGUCCUAGCUGGUUCUUUCUACCGGACACUCUGUAUUUUGCAUUUGUCUUCUUAGGAGCCAGUUUGUAAAAGUUGAAUUCUUUUGAAGACAUGUCUUCUUUGAUGU